AUGAUGAACUCUUCGGAGAUCUCGGAGAUCUCGGAGAUCUCGGAGAUCUCGGAGAUCUCGGAGAUCUCGGAGCUGCGUGCUGUGCUGAAACUUGGACAGAUACAAGAGGUCAGCAUGCACGCCGACCGCGCCAACGACAUUCUGGUUUUCGGUCGAUCUGCUGUGUCGGCAUCAAGCAUUUGGCAGGCUCAGGUGGAGACCUUCGAUUGCAAGGGACCGACUCCAAGAUGUAUGUUCGUGCAACUGUGGACUGGGGCAGAGCUGCGUGGGCUUGCAAAGCUGCUACUCGAACCUUUUCAGAAGGAAUCAGUUCAGGAUAUGAUAAGCCUGAAGGGGCACAAGAAGAUUUUUGACGGCGAGCUGGACGUCUUUGCUGUCAUAAGCGAUCAAAGCAUUGGAAAGCUUCAAGUCUGUGCUCAUGCCGGCUUGGCUCCGGUACUUCUCCAACUCUGCGAUGCCCCGCAGGAGGAUUUGCAGGGGACCACAGCAGACACAGCAGCCACGGCGGCCUUGAUGUCGUUGGCAUGUCAGAAUGCUGACAAGGUCUGUGAGAGCAGACAAAGCCAGCAAGACCAGCUCUCAGACCUAUCAGAGGCCCUCGCAGAGGCCCUCCAAGCUGCAGAGCCGCUUCUGACUUUGGCCGAAGGUCGCGCAGUGGUUCGCCAUCUCCGCAAAGAGCGAGGGAUGCGAGGGCACAACCGUGACAGAGGAGCUGAAACCUCUGCACUUUUGGAGCAGCUUCGGUCACGGCUCCUCACCAUUCAGGAGAGCUUUGAUCAGAUGAUUCGUGAACUUGGCGAAGCGUCCGGCGCCCUGGCCUUGGAUUUUUUGGAAGUCGGCACUCCGGCGUGGCUGCAAAGACAGGAUGUGGCCAGAGCUCUGAAGUUUCGGGGCUUGGACGUAAGCUGGGGCUGCUUAGAGGCCGUGUUCCUGGCCCUUGGCUGCUCGAAGGCCGCUGAUGCGUUGGCGGCGGAGAACUUCGCCCGGCUUUUCCGCUGUCGGGCCGAGCUCGCGAAGCUGCGCCGUGCCCGGCUUCGGAGCAUGGAGGCAGAGGCUUUGGCCGAGCUUAGAACUUCGUCCCGGCGGGAGCUUGAGGAGCUCGUGCAGAGGUAUUCCAGGUCGGAUGGAACAGUGGACCAUCUGGGCUUGGCAGUGCUGCUCGGAGCUAAUGAGCAUCGCUUUCAGCGGACAGACGUGGAUGAGUUGGUGCAGUUGCUAUUUGAGAGGUUUGGAGUAAAACCCGGAGGCAGUGUUCCAUCAACCCGGGUGGUUCAGUGGCUUGUGGGCUCGACACCCCAGUCAGCCCAGCUAGCCCAGUCCUCUUUGCGAGACGUUGACUUGAACCUCAGCUCGGCUUCGGGUUCACAGUUGCAACAGCAGCUUCUCGUCAAGUUGGCCGCAAGACUGCCCGCACAGGAGUUUUCUCAAGUGCCAGAACCUCAGCCCCAGCAAGAGACCGUCCGCACAGCUUCUCCUGUGACUCCUUUGGGGCCGCCGCUCCAAAGUGUCGGCACUGGUGACCCUGCUUCUGCUCUGUUCGACAUCGCGCACAUCGCGCGAACCGGCGAGGCCAACAACGACGGCCCACGCGAUGGACCACUGGCACAGCCUGUACAGCCUGUACAGGCAACGCUGCAAUUGGCGCGGCCGUUGCGAGGCGGCCUGGAGCGGCAGCUUUCAGAAGUGCUCGCCACCUCAUUGGGCCUGGAGGCAGCAAGGCUUCGGAUACUUGGAGCUGACGAUGGUGCCUCGCGCAUUUGCUUGCAAGUGCGACCUGCGAAGUCUGCUGGAUCUCGGGGAGUUUCGUCCCAAGACGUCAUUGCCGAGCUAGUCAGGCAACUGGGCGAUCCAGCCUCGCCACUUGCAGCUAGCCCACUGGGCACUUACUUCUGCUGA